AAGUGGGUUAGGAAGGGAGCUCGGGGCUGGGAGGCUGCACAGCCGCGCACUGGAGCAGGACCAUCCACUCGCUCAGCCCGGCGGCACAGGACUCGUCUUUUCCUUUUCCUUUUUUUCCACCUCUCUCCGUAACUCCAAACGGGUCGAUUUAAUUGUUAUUAUUUUUUAAUUAUCUUCUUACCUGACUUUUUCCUCUUGCUUUUUUUUUUUUUUUUUUUUAAUUGAAGCUUGUGCUAGGACUUUUUUUUUUUCUUCUUUUUUGAAAGCCUUAUAUCAAGAAAAGGGGGGAAAAGAAGCCAUCAAGAGACUGAAAAGAGCAAGAGAAAGUGGCAGCUAAGAAGGACUGUGAAAUCACCUCCCCUUUCGGGGGCUGUCGAUCAUAGCAAGAGUUGUACAUUAUCACUACUAUUUUUCUUUCUCCAUCCAUCUAUCCACAUAGACACGCAGAGGGAGCGAGCCAAGUACAGACAGUGAAACUCGACGAGACCAGCCAUGGUAGCAAGGGCUCAGCCUGAUCGGAAACAAUUACCGCUGGUCCUACUGAGAUUGCUUUGCCUUCUCCCUACAGGGCUGCCAGUCCGCAGCGUGGAUUUUACCCGAGGUACCGAUAACAUCACCGUGAGGCAGGGGGACACAGCCAUCCUCAGGUGUUAUGUAGAAGACAGAAGCUCCAAGGUGGCCUGGUUAAACCGUUCUGGCAUAAUUUUUGCUGGAGAGGACAAGUGGUCCCUGGACCCUCGAGUAGAGCUGGAGAAGAGAAACCCCCUGGAAUACAGCCUGAGGAUCCAGAAAGUGGAUGUCUACGAUGAGGGUUCCUAUACAUGUUCAGUGCAGACGCAGCAUCAUCCCAAGACUUCCCAGGUUUACUUGAUUGUGCAAGUUCCACCAAAGAUCUCCAAUAUCUCCUCGGACAUCACCGUGAAUGAGGGUAGCAACGUGACCCUGGUUUGCAUGGCGAAUGGGCGUCCUGAGCCUGUCAUCACCUGGAGGCACCUCACCCCAACAGGGAGAGAGUUUGAAGGCGAGGAGGAGUAUCUGGAGAUCCUAGGGAUCACGCGAGAGCAAUCGGGCAAGUACGAAUGCAAAGCUGCCAAUGAGGUUGCUUCAGCAGAUGUCAAGCAAGUCCGAGUCACUGUGAACUACCCCCCCACCAUCACAGAGUCCAAGAGCAAUGAAGCGGCCACAGGACGACAAGCCUUACUCCGGUGCGAGGCGUCAGCAGUGCCCACGCCUGAUUUCGAGUGGUAUAGAGAUGAUACCAGGAUAAACAGCGCCAAUGGUCUGGAGAUAAAGAGCACGGGGAGCCAGUCUCUGCUGAUGGUGGCCAACGUCACUGAGGAACAUUACGGGAACUACACCUGCGUGGCUGCCAACAAGCUGGGAGUCACAAAUGCCAGCCUAUACCUUUACAAACGAGUUUUACCCACACUCCCCAAUCCUUUUCCAGGACCCGGCACGGGGAGAGUAGACAACGGCUCCAUGAGUUUGGCCGUCCCACUGUGGCUGCUGGCAGCGUCCCUGCUCUGCCUACUCAGCAAAUGUUAAUACAAAUCAGAAUUAAAAAUAAUUAAUAAUAAUAAUAAUAAUAAUAAUUAAAAAAACCAACACGACGACAACAACAACAACACACAAAACAAAACGCGUUAUACAGGAGACAGAGCGAAGAGAGGGGAGAGAGAAAACGGGGGGAGGAGAGAGAGAGAGAAAGAGAGAGAGAGGACUGUUUCUUUCACAAAUUUUGUGUGUACAGGAGUGAAGAGGGGGGAGAGGAAAAAUUACAGCAAAGACGACUCAGCACCAUUUAAUCUGAAACCUGACAAGCCGGCUGUCAAGUCACUCACUGUCUAGGAGGCAACACAAAGCGAGGGAGAGAAUGGGGCACCAGCAAGGAUCGUGUCGCCGGAGGAUGCUGCAAUGUAAACAGUCCAACAAAACCUGCAAAGCCAAUCGAACAGAAGAUCCUUUUUCUUUUCUCUCCUCCUUCCUCUUUUCCAUACUCACUAACCUUCCUUCCCUCCUCCUCUUUCUUUAUUUGCAGAAAGAGGUCUUUGCUUCGGUGUCUAUAGCCACUUAACUUUUUGGAUGCCCUGGGUCAUUUUUGUGAGUUGAUGCUCAGUCAGUUCAUAAUUUUGGAAACAAA